GGGGGUGGGGGAGGAAAGGAGGAGCCUGAGGAGGUGUCUGCUGCAAGUUCCUGGCUGAUUCUGAGCUCACACCAUCCUCCAAGAGGGAGGAGGCUCAAGUGAUGCUGCUGCUGCCGCCGUUGCCGCCUCUACAGCUGGUACUCUAGUGGAGCUGGAAAGGGUGGUUCCUAUCGCACCAUCGCUAACUAGAGAGGGAGGGGAAUAAAAAAAAAAAAAGAAUCCCAGCAGCCGCUGCUGAUGUUGGCUUCAGAGGCUGCAUCCGACUCGGUCACAAGGAAAAUGGAUUCAGCUUGCAGCUCUCCCUCCUUCCAGCAUCUUCUCCUGGUCUCAGCAUGGGCUUCCGGGGCAACGACUGAGAAGACCUUAACAAGGAACACCACGCAGUAGUUGCUGCAACAUCUCACUCCGGGAAAUGAAAGAGUAACAUGGCAGUGCCCAUUUGAGAGGACUAAACCCCAAAAGUCUCCGUUUAGAAAGGAACAAUGUCCAAGAAGGGACGAAAUAAGGGCGAGAAGCCCGAGGCACUCAUUGUCGCCCUUCAAGCUGCCAACGAAGACCUCAGGACCAAACUAACAGACAUCCAGAUAGAGCUGCACCAAGAGAAGUCCAAGGUAUCAAAGCUUGAAAGAGAAAAGACUCAAGAAGCAAAGCGGAUUCGCGAGUUGGAGCAGCGCAAACACACGGUCCUGGUGACAGAGCUCAAAGCCAAGCUCCAUGAGGAAAAGAUGAAGGAGCUGCAGGCGGUGAGAGAGAACCUCAUCAAGCAGCAUGAGCAGGAAAUGUCAAGGACAGUAAAGGUGCGGGAUGGGGAGAUCCAGAGACUCAAGUCCGCUCUGUGCGCUCUCCGGGACGGCAGUAGCGACAAAGUAAGGACAGCACUCACCAUUGAGGCCCGGGAGGAGGCCCGGAAACAGUUCGAUGCAGAGCGCUUGAAGCUCUUGCAGGAAAUCACAGACCUGAAAACAGCCAAGAAGCAGGUGGACGAGGCGCUGAGCAAUAUGAUCCAAGCGGAUAAAAUCAAGGCUGGGGACCUUAGGAGUGAGCAUCAGUCCCACCAGGAAGCCAUCUCGAAGAUCAAGUGGGAGUCGGAACGGGACAUUCGGAGGCUGAUGGAUGAAAUCAAAGCCAAGGACAGGAUCAUCUUUUCCCUGGAAAAAGAACUGGAGACGCAGACAGGCUAUGUACAGAAACUCCAGCUGCAGAAGGAGGCUUUGGACGAGCAGCUCUUCCUGGUCAAGGAGGCCGAGUGUAACAUGAGCAGCCCUAAGAGAGAGAUUCCAGGAAGGGCGGGAGAUGGCUCCGAACACUGCAGCAGCCCGGAUUUGCGAAGAAAUCAAAAGAGAAUAGCUGAAUUGAAUGCCACUAUAAGAAAGUUAGAAGAUAGGAACACCUUGCUUGGAGAUGAACGAAACGAGUUGUUAAAACGCGUGCGGGAAACAGAAAAGCAAUGCAAACCUCUCCUGGAAAGGAACAAGUGCCUCGCCAAGAGAAACGAUGAGCUGAUGGUGUCUUUGCAGCGCAUGGAGGAGAAACUAAAAGCCGUAACCAAGGAGAACUCAGAAAUGAGAGAAAAAAUAACAUCUCACCCACCCCUAAAGAAACUGAAGUCUCUGAAUGACCUUGACCAAGCUAAUGAAGAACAAGAGACAGAGUUUCUGAAACUGCAGGUCAUAGAGCAACAGAACAUCAUUGACGAACUCACAAGGGAUCGAGAAAAGCUCAUCCGUCGGAGAAAGCACAGGAGAAGCUCGAAGCCAAUCAAGAGGCCUGUUUUGGAUCCAUUCAUUGGCUAUGACGAGGACUCCAUGGAUUCAGAAACAUCAUCCAUGGCCUCCUUUAGAACGGACAGGACACCUGCCACUCCUGAUGAUGACUUAGAUGAAAGUCUAGCUGCUGAAGAAUCUGAGCUACGAUUUCGACAGUUAACAAAAGAAUACCAAGCCCUCCAAAGAGCAUAUGCCCUCUUGCAGGAGCAGACUGGAGGCAUCAUAGAUGCUGAAAGAGAAGCCAAGGCACAAGAGCAGCUCCAGGCAGAGGUGCAAAGAUACAAGGCCAAAAUCGAAGAUCUGGAGGCAACACUAGCUCAGAAGGGGCAGGACUCACACUGGGUAGAAGAUAAACAACUUUUCAUUAAGAGAAACCAGGAGCUUUUAGAAAAGAUAGAGAAACAGGAAGCAGAGAACCACCGGCUCCAGCAGGAACUACAGGACGCCAGAGACCAGAAUGAGCUGCUGGAGUUCCGCAACCUAGAGCUAGAAGAGAGAGAAAGGAGAUCCCCUCCAUUUAAUCUACAAAUUCACCCUUUCUCAGACGGCGUGAGCGCCCUGCAGAUCUACUGCAUGAAAGAAGGUGUGAAGGAUGUCAACAUCCCUGAUCUCAUAAAGCAACUUGACAUCCUGGGCGAUAAUGGGAACCUGAGGAACGAGGAACAGGUGGCCAUAAUUCAGGCCAGCACUGUGCUGUCACUGGCAGAGAAGUGGAUACAGCAGAUUGAAGGAGCAGAGGCUGCGCUGCACCAGAAGAUGAUGGAAUUGGAAAGUGACAUGGAACAGUUUUGCAAAAUAAAAGGCUACCUGGAGGAAGAACUAGACUACAGAAAACAAGCUCUUGACCAGGCAUAUAUGAGAAUCCAGGAGCUAGAGGCUACCUUGUACAAUGCUCUGCAGCAAGAGACUGUGAUCAAGUUCGGUGAACUGUUAAGUGACAAGCAGCAGGAGGAGCUGCGGACGGCUGUUGAAAAGUUACGGCGGCAGAUGCUGAGGAAGAGCAGGGAGUACGACUGUCAGAUCCUCCAGGAGAGGAUGGAGCUCUUACAGCAAGCACACCAGAGAAUCCGUGACCUAGAGGAUAAGACGGACAUUCAAAAACGGCAGAUAAAGGACUUGGAGGAAAAGUUUCUGUUUCUAUUCUUGUUCUUCUCUCUUGCCUUCAUUCUAUGGCCUUGAUGUCAAGGUGCCUCUUAAAGAAAAUUCAAGAACACAGAUCAUACCCCCAGAAGGCAUAUGCUUUUAAACCUUCAAAGAUGGCGAAAUUGUUUACACCGAUGUAAGGGAAAUCAAAAGCUAAGAACUACCCUGUAGCCAAGACUGUGUGCUUUAAAGCCAUUAUUCAAGGUUUCUUACUUGACAGUUUAUAAUGACCCUGUUGAAAAAUCUACAUUAUAUGCUGCAUUUAAUGAAACGUAUGUAUGUUGAACCAGAAGAAGAGAACUAUAAACAUAUAUUGUGUGAAGGAAAAAUUCAGCAGUGGAACCAGUUUCAGCAGAUCAAGAGAAGAUGUGUCUUGGGCAUGGAACCAAAGUUACAAUGAAACAUUCAACUCCUGCUGUGCAGGGGGGGUCAUUUUAAUGUAACACCACACCCCAUGGAAACACUAUUCCUGAAAAUAAACAUCAUUUUAAAAAAACAAAGCAAACAUAAGAAAAAAAUCGAGGGUGGGUGGGGAGUGAAGCAGGAGGCAUAGCUAUGAGGAGCUAUUUACAAUAAAAGGUUUCAUUUGAAAAGUCUGGUUUGUUACUCCAGGGAUUUGCUUUUUCUGUCCUUACGAUUGUUUUAAACUCAGGAACAGAGACAUCUGUGAUGCGGAUGGAAGAAAAACGCUCUCCAUUUUGUUUCUCCUAAAGGUGGAAUUGGGGAUCAGAAGCAGAUCCCAGUUAUGCUACAAGCGACCAAGUCCAGUGACUCUGGGGUGUGUAACAUGGGAUGCAAACGGAAACUUGAUGCUUCCUGACAUCACACCCCCGCAUUUCUCCACUGUGGAUGGACUGGUCUCAUCCAUAUUGAAAAAGAUGAAGAUUAUACCCACAAGUCACAAACUCCCCAACUUAGCUCUGUUUAGAGCAUCCAGAGCUAUAGGGAACUAGGGCCAGAGGGCGCCUCUGAAUCCUCCAGUUUCAAGUUUAAAUUGCCUGCAGAUGAAAACGCUCUCCGACGUGGGUGACAUCGUAGAGGUGAUAAGUCAAUACCAACAAUCGCGUUUGCCAGAGGGCUGUGGAUAUUGAAUAUCCUGCUGUACCCAGAGAAAUCUGAACUCUUGUCAUUUAGAACAAUAAUAUUAUUUUCUGAGAUAGCUAACAGCGGCACCAUGGGUCUACUUUUCUCGAGAGAGGGAACGCGUUACUGACACUUUGGUUCUCUACCACAGGCAGAUAGAAGACUCGUACUUCUCAUAAGUUACGUGUUGCUGAGUCUUGGAUUCAGCACUGACAGUAAAUAUAUGUUCCUGAAAGGCUAAUUUUACACCUCAUUUACUAUAGAUAACAAGACAACCUCAAGUUUUCAAAUAGUCAGAGUUUUCUUGCUGGGACUAGAAUUCACGCAUAGAGAAUGUGUGUAGGGAGCCAGGAACUCUGUCUAUGAAAUGCUACACAAAUACUUCCAUAUGUGAAUUGAGCAUAUUCUUCUUCAGUUGUAGCGCUGGCGUUUUCAAAGCCAGAACAACUGAAAAAUCUACAAGACAAAACAGAAUGCUGGGGUCCCACAUUUCUGCCCUUGUUUUUAAUGCUUACCCAAGAAUUUGGCCCAGUCACUGAACCUCUCUGUGCCUCAGUUUCCUCAUUUGCAAAAUGGGGGUUAAAUGCUUUUUUUCAUAAGGUUUUAUUUGCAAUUCUGGAACAAGAGGUGCUUAAAGUAGCACGAAGUGCUUUGCAACUGUUAUUACUGCUAUAGUGUUUGAUUUCCCUAUAUAAUGAAAUAGUUAUUGAAUUUGGUUCAAACGGCAUAGCAUUACUGAAGCUUUCCCAUCAAGCUACCUAAGACAUUACUAGCAAUAAAUUGUGAGAUUCAAAACCAUGAUGGUGAAUCAUCUAUAGCAAAUAGAUUGACUCAUACUGUCAUUUCAAUGCUAAGCAACUCCUGUGCUCUCCUGGUUGCAUAAACACUCCAUCAAACAGGAUCCCGUCAUCAUCACAGGAGAGUCGACCGCGCAAUCAAGGGUUGGCAAGAGCAACUGAGAAAUCUGAAUAUUUCUUUCAAGGAAUGCCAGAUGAUGUGUCUUGAUGCAAACACAAAAAUCAGAACUAUCCCAUGGACUCUUUGUGCCACUAAGGUAAGUUCCAGAUCAAAUGCAAUUAGCAGGUUCAUUGUGCAGUUGACGUGAAACAGGGUACUUCUACUGUGCCUGCCACCCAGCUAACUCUCGGCCAUGUAUACAAAUAUACAAAUGGCUUUUUUAAAACCUCUUUAAUGAUACUUCAUCUACCAUUAUGAGGCCCACUUGAGAAAAUCCGUACUGAAUCUGCUCCAAACACGCACCCUCCUCUCCUAUUGACUUUCCCUAUCAAGAACCUGAUGGUAAAUUUUAAUACCAGAGAACUACAUCUAAAUUAUGAUGAAUGAUAAUAAUAAGAGUCCAUGUCUGCUUCCCUGCUGUUAUUUGAAUUGUGUCAAUCCCAUACUGAACUGUCUGAGAGCAGCAGCUGAUUGUCUCUAAAACGCACGUGUGUGUGUGUGUGUGUGUGUGUGUGUGUGUGUGUGUCUUUAAUAUCCAGAAUACCAAGGAAAUUUCUCUAGGCUGUAAGCUAAAUGGUGAUAUCUUUAUCAGGUUUGGGUUAUGUCUUCAAAGUGAAUGUUCUACUAUUUAGACUAGGGAAGUUUAAAUAUUUUGACAGAUCCCAUCCACGUCUAAAAUUACAGCCGUGUUGAGAAAACGGUGGUUGUGUGUUCUGCUCAUUCGCAGGUUAAUGAAAACAGAAUGCUUCCUUGCAUAUGAUGUCCAGAAUCGACAAAAAUGUAACUUGAGUAAUAAAGAGCUCUGCUAUGACUUCCUUAUUUUCUUCCAAAAAUAUAAUUCCCACCCAAUUCUUUUAAUUUCUGUAUCUGUACCAUGCAGAUACAUUUGCCCAGAGAUUUAGGGGGAAUUAGCACAAUGAGAGUUCAUUUACCUACGUUCUCUUAGCCGAGUAUGCAUCUCUUUGAAACCGACUGAGUAGUUCAAAAGAAGUAAAAGCCCCAAUUUAGCACCAUCAGGAUAGUGAAAUGCCGUUGAGUGAGAAGAACUGCACAGAUUCGCUCUGAGAAUUAUUCUACAAAACACUGUCAUCAACUUCGCCUUCUCAUUUUCAAUGCCAUCUAACUUCUAUUGCAGGUGAAGAAUUAGACUAGUGAUAAUCCUGUUUGACUUAGAUCAUCUCACUUAAACUGCGGCUAAAAGGAAGGUUUUAAGAACGAAAGAAUACACUUCCCUUUGAUUUUUUUUCUUCAAUCUAGAAGUAACUUCUUAUGUAUGGAUUUGGUUCCUCCCAGUUUGGGAGUUAUAGUCAUCACUGGGGUCAGGAAGGGUCUCCACUUGCCAUAGAAGAAAUAAAAUUUGCCAAAUCAUUUGUGCUGCAGUAUUUUAUUUCAACCUGUCUAUUUUUUAUUAUUUACUUUAAAUACACCUUGCCCAAUUUUUCUUCUGCCUGUGUAUUGUUAACUUUUUCUAUGAACACACUGUAAAAUGUGUAUGCUCAAAUUUUCAAUGUAAUUGAAAAGCACCUUAUUUUAAAAUGUUUUAACCUACUUGGGUUUUCAUAGAAACUGUAAAAAGAAUAUCUGUUGGUUAUGUGUUGAUAUUUAAAUAACUGGACCAUCGCUGCAAUGUUACAUCAAAGAAGAUGACCAAUGUACUCUAUAUUAAACUUAUAGUUGAGUUCUUUUUAUCUGUCAAAGAGUGGAAUUGAACACACAGACACACACAAGUGUGUGUCCUGGAAUAAGGAUUGUAGGAAUCAAUGAUGUCAUUUGGAAAUUACAUUGCUUUUGUGAUAAUUUAACUGCCCUCUCUCUCCACCCUUUCCUCACCACCCUCUUUCUGUUUUAUUUUUUUACGGUGGUGCUAGAGGUUGAGCCCAGGUGCUUGAGUGUUCUAGACAGCACAGAGCCAUAUCUCACCAGAUCCUUGCCCUGGUAACACAACAGGUUUUAGGGAUUCAAUCUGACCUACUAUGUGGAAAAAGUAUACUUUCGAAAUAUCAGUAAUGAAAGUAGUUCUUUUUGUUGUUUGCUUUGCUUUGUUUUCUGAGACAGGGUUU